CAAACCGCUACAAUUUUAGUGUUUGUUUAUAUAAAUAUGGAUAGUUAUUUUAUUUUUCCAGUUUCUAUUAAUAUUAAAAACAUUUUUAAUACGAAAUAUUAAAAAGAUAAAAGGGAUUGCCAUGGAGAAUUUAAGUUUUAGUGAGAAAGUGGAAGCUUACUUUUCGGAGUUAGGGCGAUGGAAAGUGUGGCGUAGUAUAGUACUCGGUCAAGUGCUGUCCCUCCUCUUGAGUGGAAAAUGUAUUUUAACAACUCUUCUUCAGAGUGCUACCUGGCAGUUUCCAACCACAGCUCAGCUGGUUAUUCCAUAUUUAGCACUUUUCAUUUUAUUUACUCCAACCUUGAUCUGUAAUGGUGUUAAUAAGUUAUCAAAAAAAUGGUGGAUAGUUAUACUGGCCUGUAUCCUUGAUGUGGAGGCUAGCUGGCUUUUGAUUCUAUCACAAAGAUUUACAUCUGUCUUGAGCUGACAGUUGCUAGCAUGUAGUGGUGUUGGCGCUGCAUUGGUCGGUGGAGCCUGGAGAGGGCAAAGGCUUGGUGUUGUGCAUGUUGCAGGUGCAACCUUGGGGCUGAUGGCUGUUGUCUGUGUUGUAUGGGCUGAUGUGGAAGGUGCUCCUACUGAUGGUAAAAAUCAGUUAGUGGGAGAUAUGCUUUGCCUGGGAGGAUCAUUACUGUAUGCAUUGAUGACAGUUUUGCAAGAAAUUAUGCUCCAAACCCAAUCCUGCUCAGAAUAUUUGGCCAUUCUUGGUCUCAUUGGGGGCACACAUUCAUGCUUACAGACAUUCUUCCUAGAUUUUAAUGAAUUGGUAACAUUCUAUUGGUAUGAAGUGGGUACAAUAUUUCAACUGGGAAGCUACUGUUGUAUCCAGACUAUGUUUCAAAUACUGCAAAGUUUCAUGUUGAGAGAUGCAGGGGCCAUUAUGCUGCACUUGUCAUUUUUAUCUGCCGAUUAUUUUACACUGAUUGCAGGAAUGUUCAUAUUUCAAUUUAAGUUCCAUGCAUUAUAUUUCCUAUCAUACUUAUUGGCUAUGCUGGGAGUAUUCCUCUUCAGCUCCCGCACAACGCGUCUUCCACCGCCUCCCGCUCUCUUACCGCAACUAGUCAACGAUUCUGUUCAGUCGCAGGAUAAUGUUUCCAUGGAGUAUACUGUACCAACGCUUGAUUGUAUUCCACUUUCUGAAGGACUCGAACCCCCUAUGAGCCGAGACACAACAUUCACUUCCUUCCUUGGGGGCAAUCAGAGCAAUAUGCCGAAUGGUACAUUUAGCUUAUCACAAAGUAAGGAUUAGUUCGCCUAAUUAUUCUAAAUUAUAUAUUAAAAUAUUUUUUUAUAUUUUUAGCCAGUUUGUAACCUUAUAUUGCUAUUUAUUUUAGCAAUAUAUUUUAUUUUAAAGAUAUAAAAAAUACACAUACAAUAGUGCACUUUAAUGAAAAAAACCAAAAGAAAAUAAUUUUAAAGGAAUGUUGAGGAAUUGAAACAGAAUUGCUAUUUUAAAUUUAUCAGAUGAAUUUUAUGGCUCUUACUUAUUUUUGUCAAGAUGUUUUAAUAAACUUUAAAUACUUCAUAGAUUUAGGUCUAGUUAUACGUUAGAUGAAUAUAGCAGAAUAUACUCGGUAUUUACCUUCUAGUCAAUAUAUUUAUUGCUUGGAUACUCAAAUAGAUUUAGUAGUGACGCUGUUGUUCUGAUGAUGACCUCAAUUUGUUUUUGGUUUUUAAUGCCCUUUACCCAGAGAUAUAAGUAGGCCCAAUUCGUGGUUCAUUUGGUCCUUCCAACCUAAUCGCAUCCAAAGGGUCUGCUUUUUCAGCCGCAUCGUCCAUUGUCCUUUUUUAUUGUUGUAUCUUUAGAUUAUUACAUAAAUUUUAUAGUGUUCAAGUAAAACCAGUAUAUUAUUAUUUAAAAACAUUUAGGUGCACAUGAGAACCUAGGUCCGUUCCAAAGUAUUUUUCUAAUAUUAUUUUUGCUAAAUUCUCAUUUCAUCUUAUAAAACUAUAUUUGACACUUGUCCAAUUACACAGAUAAUAAUUAACAAUCAACAAACUAUUAUUUAUACCAAAUAUUCAUCAGAACAGCAGUAUUGACCAGACCUAACCCCCUAAGGUUUUUAACGUUAACUGCCAUAAUCGAAUUUUACUCAAAUAUAUGAAAUUUUAUUACGUAGAUAUUAUUAGAUAUAAGCUUAUUUGUGAGAGAGAAAAUAGAUUAAAUGUAAUGUGUGGAAUUAGAAUAUUUAGAGAUCUCUAAAAUGAUGUAGUUUCAAAAAUCUAAUUAUGGGUUAUUUUUGCGUAAAAAUCGCGCGGGAUCGAUUCACGUUAAUAUUCAUAUUCCAGGCUCUCAAAACAUCAGUUGAAAUUAAUAUUUUUUAAUUAAUCUAAAUAAUUGAAUUCGAAUCCUCUGUAAUUGUUCUUAAUAAAAUUAAUAUCUGCAAUUAAAUUCCUUAACUAAUGCACUUAUUCUUUACAGACAAAGAUAAUUAAAAACACUAAUUUAUGUUCCUAAUAUAUUUAAAUGUUAUCAUAUUAAAAUUUUAUUGCGAGGCAUACUCAGUUAUCGCUAUUGUUAAUAUUUUAAUUAUAAAAAGUUUAUAACAUUCGGUUGAAAGCCAAAACAAUUGAAAAUCUGAGACUAUUACCACAGAUACUAAGAUUGUAAUAUUCUUAUUUUGAAUUCAAUGCUAUGUGGUCGGUAUUUACUAUGCACAACUCAAGGGUUGUCAAAGUAAACGGGAAUUUAAACCAAAGGCAUACUUAUAGUGUGUUUCUCUAAAUCUUUUUACUCAUUAAGGCUUUUGAAAUUGAGACUCAGGGGUCUAGUAGGAAGGCGUUUACGACCUUGAUAUAUUGUGUUUAUUAAUAAAAUCUGCAUGUAUCUAUGGAAUUAUUCACCGUAUUAACAAUAAUAAACAAAGGAAGAAAUGUAUUUCCGUAAUUUGAGUUUUAAUAAUUGUAAAAGGGUUGUGUACUUGUAUGUAUGAAUUGUACCAUUUUAAACCAUUAAAGAUUGUUUAAUGAAUUUCUCGAAUGUUUUUUUAAAUGUAAGUAAAAAUGCUCAAGUUUACAAAUCGAAAAAUGUUUGUUUUGAAAUCUUUAGAGUCUGUGGCACAGUUUUGACUUAUUUUUGACAUACAAUAAAUAUAACACGAAUAACGGAAAUUACUUUAAGUAGUGUUUACUGAACCUUUUGAAGUAAUUUUUAUCGAA